AUGGCUUUUCGAUUUAAUUUUUUUAUUGAUGAAAAUGAGACCAAUGAACCAGACAUUCAUGAUAAGAUGGACUUAGAGCUGUGCUCUCCAAAGCACAAGCAGGAAUCCACAGAAAAGAGCAAGCAAAUUGCUGACACCGCAGCAGGCUCCAGCCCGAGGCUGGGUACUGAUAAGCACGGAGAUGAGACACCCUCAAAGAAAAAGUUCUGCUUUAAAGCUGCCAAGGAGCACAAUAUUCCUGAAGAUCUCAACAAAAUACUGGAAAAUAAAGUCAUGGAAACAGUAUCAGACCUGUAUUACCUAAACUCAUCUGUUGUGGAAAUGAUGUGUUUGGAUGGCGCCGAUGAAGAAGGCAUCGUGUCUAAAAGUGUUUCUUCUCACUCCGAUCUCAUCCCAGGAGUCUACGAGGGAGGACUGAAAAUCUGGGAAUGCACCUUUGAUCUCAUAGACUACUUUUCCGAGGCUGAAAUACAGUUUACCAACAAGACUGUAUUGGAUCUUGGCUGCGGGGCUGGACUGCUGGGAAUAGUUGCUUUAAGGGGUAAAGCUGAAAAAGUCCAUUUUCAGGACUACAACAGCACAGUGAUUGAUGAGAUAACCUUGCCUAACGUGGUGUCUAACUGUAUAAACGAAGGCAAUAGGACAGGCAGUGGAAACGACAAAAAAACUAGCAAGCCUCCUUCAAAGAGGCCCAGGAAAGCAGAGUGCUCACCUGAUGCGCUCACCAAAUGCAGAUUUUUUUCUGGAGAGUGGUCUGAAGUCAGCCAGCUCCUGUUAAGCAGCAACAAACCCUUUUCAAAGUAUGAUAUAAUUCUCACAUCUGAGACCAUCUAUAAUCCUGACUACUACAGUGCUUUGCAUGAUACGCUGGCUCAGCUCUUGGAUAAAAAUGGCCGUGUGUAUUUGGCAAGCAAAGCAUAUUAUUUUGGGGUUGGCGGUGGUAUCUACCUCUUUGAGAAAUUCACUGAAGAGAGAAAUGUGUUUAGGACCAGCAUAGUUAAAAUAAUUGAUAAAGGACUGCAGCGAUGUAUUAUGGAAAUGGCCUUUAAAGAUUCCAGUUAAAAUUCA